AGAGAUUGACGGGUUUUCGGAUUUGGGAGCUGGAACAAACACAACACCCGCCACUAUCCAACACCCGCCAGCCUACCGAACCACCUAGCUACCUAGGCAUCUGCCUAGGACACGUCCGGCAGAAAACUACACAAGACCAAUGGCAACGCUACCAGAACUGCCCGCUAACUAUGGCGCCGCCAUGUUGCUCAUCGACGAGGCCCACGCGCUCGACCCAAGGACGGCCGAGGCGCGGGUCGGGGCCGAGGGCGAGCGGGUGCCGUACGAGCUGCACUACGCCCGCAAAAUGACGCGCUGGCUGGCCGUGAGGAGCCCCGGCGCAUCCCCUGUCCUGCAGCUGGCCUGCCGCGCCCAGCACUUUAGACGGUGGGAAAUACCCCGAAGCAGCUACCCCAUGACCAGAGCUGGAUAUCUCACGUGGAGGGCCAAGCUCAAGGCGCAGGCAGCGGCCCAGGUGGCCGAGUUGCUGUCGGCGUCCUCGGGCGACGGCGGCGGCGGCGGCGGCGGGGCCAUCUCGCCGGCCGACGUGGACCGGGUGGCGGCGCUGAUCCGCAAGGAGAACCUGGGCAGCGACGGCGAGGCGCAGGCGCUCGAGGACGUGGCCUGCCUCGUCUUCCUCGACGACCAGUUCGACGGGUUCGAGAGCAAGCCCGAGCUCGACGAGGACAAGGUGGUCGGGAUCCUGAGGAAGACGUGGGCCAAGAUGAGCGCCGAGGGCCGCGCGCUGGCGCUGCAGAUGGACCUGAGCGAGCGGGCAAAGGCGCUGAUUGGGAAGGCGCUGGAGGGUUGA